AAGCUGAUUUUUUUUUUUAAAGAAUCACACUUACAAAAACUUUUGUUUAACAGAAGCAUCAUGAUUAAGACACCAUCCCUUGAUCCCCUCAAACUCCAAAAAGCACCGUUUUUUCUUUCUUUUUUCUUUACGUAAAUCCAUAGGCGAACAAUUUUUCAACCCACACACACACACACUCACACACUCCCCCACAUCUGAAACAGCACAUGACAAAGACACCAUUUUUAUAUAUGAUUGUAAUAACAAAUUAGAGAGACCCCUAUUCCAGAUUUUUCAUGUAGCCCCCCCACCCCACCCACACCUCUCCUCUCUACUCUCCCCCUCACCCCCCUAAGAAGAAAAAAAAAAAAAAGAUGGCAGAGCUGGGUUUUCAAGACUCGAGAUCGGGCUUCAGGGCCCGAGAUUUAAGCCCGGAUUCCGUGAUUUUCACUCCUGAAUCAAACUUCAGUCUCUUCUCUUCCGCUUCUGCUAGUGUGGAGCGCUGCUCUUUCACCUCUGAUAUACCCGAUCAAGAUUCUGUUUCCUCUGCACUCUCUCAACAGCAUUUGGCAGUGCAUGAUUUAUCUCAAGAAUUGAGUGGUCCGGAUCCAGAUCCGAACAAACCCAUAUCUGUACACAAGAAUAGCAUCACCCUCAGCAAAAAGGGUAAAGCUAAAGUUCAAAAACUAGAUAGCAGCGAUGCCGACACCACGGAGGAUGAAAAUGUAGCCGCAGAUUCUGCGAGAAACUCCUUCUCUCAAGCGCUUAAAGAAUGUCAAGACAGGAGAUUCCGAUCCGAAGUUCUGUUGAAAAAACCAAACCAUCAACGACCGGCUUCGCUCGAUCUAAACAGUUCUUCGCCGAGGCUUAAAAUAAUGAAGAAACCGUCUUCCGCAACUCCAAGAACCGCCAAUUUCCCGAGCCCCGGUACGCCCAACUACCGCCACUCGAGCGUCGGUGUUCAAAAAGGGUGGAGCUCCGAGCGAAUUCCACUCCACUCGAAUGCGAAUCGAAGAAAUUUGAACACCGCACUGUUGCCUUAUAAUACUAACGGAAGGACUCUGCCUUCGAAAUGGGAAGAUGCAGAGAGAUGGAUUUUCAGCCCCGUAACGGGAGAUAGUGCGUUGAGAGCUUCGUUCCAGCAGCAGCCACAGAGGCGGCCGAAAUCGAAGAGUGGGCCCCUCGGCCCCCCUGGGGUUGCUUACUACCACCUGUUUUCUCCGGCACCGCCAGAAGGAGGGGGGAAACAGGCGGCGGAUUCUCCGUUUUCCACCGGAGUCAUGGCCUCCGGCGGAAACUUCCUCAUGGGCACGGAACCUUGCAUGGCGAGGUCGAUUAGUCUACAUGGAUGCUCGGAAAUGAUUAGCCAAUCAUCGUUGACGGGACAUCAUGACGAGAAAUACGGGGGCUAUGAAGAUGCUGCGAAUAACAUAUCCCGUGUUGUUUCGAGAAGGGAUAUGGCGACUCAAAUGAGUCCAGAGAGUAGCAUGCAAUCUUCGCCAGGGAGAAUUUCGUCAUUUUCACUAGCGACCCCUUCUGUACUACCGUUGCAGAAAAUCCGUUCUUCUUCCAAGCAAGAAAUCAGGGAUGUAAAAAUUGACGAAAGGGUUACGGUCACGAGAUGGUCGAAGAAGAAUAAUAGUCAAAAUGCCAAUGACUGGAAAAGAAAAAGUGUAGACUUUCACUCGGCAAGUUGGGAAGUUGUUUCGGCAGAGACUUCAACGAGUGUUUCGAAGAUUGAGAGGGAGGAGUCGAAAAUUACUGCUUGGGAGAAUCUGCAGAAAGCAAAAGCUGAGGCUGCAAUAAGAAAACUAGAGAUGAAGUUGGAGAAGAAGAGGUCAUCAUCCAUGGAUAAAAUAAUGAACAAAUUGAGAUAUGCGCAAAAGAAGGCUCAAGAAAUGAGAAGUCAUCAAAUUGGAAGACCGUCGGAAAAAGCAUUAUCCUUUCGUAGGGCUCGUCAGAUUACUUCACUCAGUGGAUGCUUUACUUGCCAUGCUUUUUAGUUCAUCUACACCAUAGAAAAAAAAGAAUGUUCGUUCGGAUGAGCAAAUAUCGUAACGGGAAGCUCUGAAAAUGGAGUAGAUUGAGUUUAGCAGCAGGAUAAUCUUGGGAAAAUUCUCGACCGUGGUUUAUGGAAUUAAUUCAGGUAGUGAAAAUGAUAUCCUGGAGUGGUUGUAUUUUGUAAGUAUGUACAUCAAUUCGAUGACCCUGUGUGAAAGAAACGAGAUCCGUUUGUGGAUUAACUCACUGAGUUAGUCCUAAUUUCCUCUACAUUGCAAUAAUAUCAGUCCGUUCGUU